GCGGCGGCAGCAGCAGUAGCAGCAGCAGCAGCAGGAGCGGGGCCCCGGCGCGCAGGAGGCCGCUUGGCGGGCUGCAGACGCGCCCAGCCGCUCCCUGACCGGCCGGCGGCGCCGGGGGCCCGUCUCGCCCCUCUUCCGCGCUCCUCGCCGCCCCCUCCCCGGUCCGCGUCCCCUCCCCCGCUCCUCUCCUCCCCGCCCGCCGCCCGCCUCUCGGGGGGAGGGGCGUGGGGGCAGGGAGCCGAUUUGCAUGCGGCCGCCGCGGCCGCUGCCUGCGCCCGAACCCGCCGCCGCCGCCGCCGGAGCCCGCGCCCGCGCCCGGCCCGCGCGGCCCCAUGCCUCUGGCGCGGCCCUCGGGGGGGCGAAGGUGAAGACCGGCUCCUAGGAUGAGUGAAGGUGCGGCCGCUGCCUCGCCACCUGGAGCCGCUUCGGCAGCCGCCGCCUCGGCCGAGGAGGGCACCGCGGCGGCUGCGGCGGCGGCAGCGGCGGGCGGGGGCCCGGACGGCGGCGGCGAAGGGGCGGCCGAGCCCCCCCGGGAGUUACGCUGUAGCGACUGCAUCGUGUGGAACCGGCAGCAGACGUGGCUGUGCGUGGUGCCUCUGUUCAUCGGCUUCAUCGGCCUGGGGCUCAGCCUCAUGCUCCUCAAAUGGAUCGUGGUGGGCUCCGUCAAGGAAUACGUGCCCACCGACCUGGUGGACUCCAAGGGGAUGGGCCAGGACCCCUUCUUCCUCUCCAAGCCCAGCUCCUUCCCCAAGGCCAUGGAGACCACCACCACGACUACUUCUACUGCGUCCCCCGCCACCCCCUCCGCCGGCGGUGCCGCCUCUUCCAGGACGCCCAACCGGAUUAGCACCCGCCUGACGACCAUCACGCGGGCGCCCACUCGCUUUCCCGGGCACCGGGUGCCUAUCCGGGCCAGCCCGCGCUCCACCACCGCACGCAACACUGCGGCCCCCCCGACGGUCCUGUCCACCACAGCCCCCUUCUUCAGUAGCAGCACGCCGGGCUCCCGACCCCCGGUGCCAGGAAUCCCCAGUACCCAGGCAAUGCCAUCCUGGCCCACUGCGGCAUACGCUACCUCCUCCUACCUUCAUGAUUCUACUCCGUCCUGGACCCUGUCUCCCUUUCAGGAUGCUGCCACCACCUCUUCCUCCUCUUCGUCUUCCUCCUCCUCUACCACCACCACGCCAGAAACUACCACCAGCCCCAAAUUUCAUACAACGACGUAUUCCACGGAGCGGUCUGAGCACUUCAAACCCUGCCGAGACAAGGACCUCGCAUACUGUCUCAAUGAUGGCGAGUGCUUUGUGAUCGAGACCCUGACGGGAUCCCAUAAACACUGUCGGUGCAAGGAAGGCUACCAAGGAGUCCGUUGUGAUCAAUUUCUGCCGAAAACUGACUCCAUCUUAUCGGAUCCAACAGACCACUUGGGGAUUGAAUUCAUGGAGAGUGAAGAAGUUUAUCAAAGGCAGGUGCUGUCAAUUUCAUGUAUCAUCUUUGGAAUUGUCAUCGUGGGCAUGUUCUGUGCAGCAUUCUACUUCAAAAGCAAGAAACAAGCUAAACAAAUUCAAGAGCAGCUGAAAGAACCACAAAGUGGUAAAAACUAUAGCCUCAAAGCAUCCAGCACAAUGGCAAAGUCAGAGAACUUGGCGAAAAAUCAUGUCCAGCUGCAAAGUUAUUCAAAGGCGGAAAGGCAUCCUGUGACUGCAUUGGAGAAAAUGAUGGAGUCAAGUUUUGCCAGCCCUCAGUCAUUCCCAGAGGUCCCUUCUCCUGACAGAGGAAGCCAGUCUGUCAAACACCACAGGUACAGCAGGAAUCUCUCCUCUUGCUGCAGCCCAGGGCAAAGGAGUGGUAUGCUCCAUAGGAAUGCCUUCAGGAGAACACCCCCCUCACCCAGAAGUAGGCUGGGCGGCAUCGUGGGACCAGCAUAUCAGCAACUUGAGGAAUCAAGGAUCCCAGACCAGGAUACGAUACCUUGUCAAGGGAUAGAGGUCAGGAAGACUAUACCCCACCUGCCUAUACAGCUGUGGUGUGUUGAAAGAUCCCUGGACUUCAAGUAUUCCUCCAGUGGUUUAAAAACCCAACAAAAUGCAUCCAUAAAUAUGCAACUGCCUUCAAGAGAGACAAAUUCCUAUUUUAAUAGCUUGGAUCAAAAGGACCUGAUGGGAUAUUCAUCUGCGCGGGCCAGUUCCGUGCCCAUCAUCCCUUCAGUGGGUCUAGAAGAAACCUGCAUGCAAAUGCCAGGGAUUUCUGAAGUCAAAAGCAUCAAAUGGUACAAAAACUCCUACUCUGCUGACAUUGUCAAUGUGAGUAUUCCAGUCAGCGAUUGUCUUAUAGCAGAACAACAAGAAGUGAAAAUAUUGCUAGAAACUGUCCAGGAGCAGAUCCGAAUUCUGAGCGACGCCAGACGGUCAGAGGACUACGAACUGGCCAGUGUAGAAACCGAGGACAGUGCAAGUGAAAACACAGCCUUUCUCCCCCUGAGUCCCACGGCCAAAUCAGAACGAGAGGCACAGUUUGUCUUAAGAAAUGAAAUACAAAGAGACUCCGCGUUGACCAAGUGACUGGAGCUGGAGGAAUCGGUGUGUUCUAUGCUUUGCUCAACAGGAAAAGAGAGGAAAUUAAAUACAAAUUAUUUAUAUGCAUUAAUUUAAGAGCAUCUACUUAGAAGAAACCAAAUAGUCUAUCGCCCUCAUAUCAUACUGUUUUUUAACAAAAUAUUUUUUUAAAGGGAAAGAAACGUUUCAGGAGGGAUAAAGCUUACAACUAAAGCUUUGGGUAGAAUUGUGAAUACAAUUUAAGUUAGUCCCAACACCGGGGCCUCUUUUGGCUCUUAGUAGAUGUGGGUGAUUCAGACCCUCAGCCCCACCGCACCAGUGUCCUCAUAAAAAAAGCACUGGCAGUUCCCCGGUAUCAAAGAGACAAGCUGUAUCCUGAGGGCGGACGUGCCAAUGAGCAGGUGGCCCUUGCAUUUGGCUUGCAGGUCCCAACCUCUAAAUUUCUCUUCACUCGACAGCCUCCUCACAGGUUAUGUCAUGUCAACCAAUGUAGUGUUUUCUCUUUCAUUUUUGAAGAAUGGCACAAAGACUCUGGAAGAGGGAGGGCGGGAGAUAGAAGGCGUAAUCUGGGGCAAUCUUAGCUACUCUUGACAUGCCGCUCCCUCUGAAAUUUGAAGGCACAGAAUCUCAGAGGGAGGUGUGAAGGAAAUUAUUAUAGAAAAAGAGAUGAGAAAAUUCACAAUGUCGUGUUACUAAAAUCAUGCGAGUAGAAGUGUUUUUCUUUGAGAUUGUGUAGGGGCUCCAAAGGAGCCUUUCUCAGUGUGUGUGCGUGUGUGCCUGUGUGUGUAUGUGUGUGUGUGCGCAUGCGUGCACACACCCGUGUGUGGGUAUGGGUUUGCUCACUCGAGCACAGGUAUGCUGUAUGCACAUGUGUUCAUUGUGUGUAUGUGUGUGCAUGUGUGUGCAUAUUAAGCUUGCUAAAAUUUGUUCUGAAACAUCAGGGAAUUUAUUAUUCAGAAAAAAAAUUUCCCUCUCAGAUCUGUUCACUUUAAAUUUAUCCAUUAAGUAUCAAGUUCAGUUCGUAAAUUCUUAAAUCAAGGUCACUUGCAUGGCAGGAUCCUAUAAAACUCUUGACAACGUCAAGAUCAUUUUCUGGUGUGAAUACUUUUGAGAGGAAUAACUAUUGGCUCAUUAAUGAUAUCAGUACCACAAGGCGAGUUGAGGAUGUGUGUUUAUUUUGAAUUAUGCAUACUUAAAUGAUUUACACAAGCCAAUUAUCAAAUUGACAGUUACCCUUUGCUUUCUCGUCAUCCUCAUUACUAUUUAUUUUGUAGCAAGUCUACUAUUUGUGGACCAAGACAUUGGCUUCUGUGGUUAAUAUGGAAAGAAUAAAUUGUUGAAAUCACAAAGCCCAGACUUUUCAGUUCACAGGAAGCCCCCAAAAGAACAGUAAAUUGUGUUGUAUGUUCAUUUGGAAUAAAGCAAUAUUUUUACCACUGCUAAGGUGAACUGAAACUUCUCCUGAAGAUUUGUCUGUUUUAUUUACCCUUAUUUUCAUGGGGCAUUCAAGGAAAUUAGUGUUCACAUAACUAGUCUUUUUCCAAUUAUUGGUGGUGUUGAGUUGUUAUGUUUACACUGUUUUAAAUAAAAAGGCACAGUAUUUGAAAGUAUAUAAAAGAUUUCUUUUACUGCAGUCUGGGAAGACUUUGGUUAAAAUUUCCUUGUGGAAGAUUCACAUUACAAUGGAAGAAAAUUUAACUAUUUCUGAAUCAAAUAUUUAAUAUACAAUUCUUACUGAGGUUAAGUUUUUUUCUGUUAAAAAUAUAUUACAAAUUGCUCUUUGAGGACAUUCUUUAGUAGACAUAAUGUCACGCAGAGGAAGGCAAACACUGUGUUCUUACCAGCACUGUUCAGUGGAACUUAAGGUCUCAGAUGUUGAAAACACUUUGGUAGAAAUGCAUUUUCUACUUAACAAAAGGCUUUUGGUAUUCAUUAAUUGUCCUAUUAUACUUACAUUAUUUUGAAUAUAGAGGUACUAUUGUUAGACUCUUAAAAGAUUAUCACAAACUUUUAAUGUCUAAACCAUCUAGGCUCCCACUUAAAAAUAUUGUAUCUUUGGGACAAGGAUCUAUGACCCCCGUGACUUGCAUAUCCAGUAUGUUACUGUGUUGAAAUUUAUCAGUAUUAUCCAACAUUACCUGGAAGACCUCACAGAUCUGUUGAAGUCGACCUUGUUUCUUGGGUUUUUCAUCAAAAAGUUACCUGUGGCAUACCUAAAGGAUUCAUACAGAUUUCACCUAAUUAGGAGGUGAUAAUUAGGUGACUCAUAGCAAUUACUUUAAUACAUAAUUCACACUGAAAAGAUUAAAUAUUAUCCAUCAAACAAGUCCUAAUCCAAUCCCCACUUUGUUUUUUUCUUAAGGUAGAACAAUAUAUUCUGUGAUUAUAAACACUCUGGUGCGUCAUGAAGAGCCUUAAUAUCAGCUGCACCCACUGGCAGUUUGAUGUAAAGUUUAAAGAUACAGUAUGCACUUCCUAAUUGAUAAUCAAGACAAAAUAUUCCUUAAAGAAAAAAAUAUCAACAGUUAUUUCAGUGGCCAUUUUUCUCAUUUUGGAAUAUGAAGCUCUCCUCUGAAAAGGGCCCAAGCUCAAAAGGCACAUGUUUGGGCACCAGCUGACAAGUGUUCCUAGUGUCAAGACUUUCAAAGUUGAUCUAACAUGGCAAACCCCAGAGACAUUGGUACCUUGUCCUUCAAGCUCAUGUGCCUAACAGAGAGGUGCUUAUUUCUACAAGACACCUUUGAUUUUGUUUCAUUUUCCUUGUCUUUAUUAUGGGAAUAGAUAUUUGGAGAUUUGUAACUAAGUAAGUUGCAUAUUAGUCAUUUACUGAAGAAUGAAUGUCACUCAUGAGUUUUUUACUCUGAAUCAUUUUCUAAUUAGUUUUUUUAUAUACAAGGCAUAUAUUAUUCUAAGUGGCCAUGGAACACUGUUGUUCAAAGUGUAUGACAAAUUUUAUGCUACUGCAAAAUAGAAAUGAUGUUGGAGAAUUGGCAUCCAAAUUUUCUUUCUGGUUUUCCCAUGUACCUUAUUAAAUGCUCUAUGUUUUAUACUCUAAUCCAAUAUCUACCUUGCUAUGAUCUAAAAAUUUCUAAAUUUAUCACAUCUUCAAUAUUUCACAUCAUUUCUAAGUAGCAAUAGCAAGGACUUCUGGAGGAGGAAAAGUGCUGGUUUUAAGACUUCACAAUCUCUUUUGAUGAUAAGAAGAUAUCAGACCUACCAAAAAGAGAAAAGUAGAACCAAGCUGACUUUGAGAGAAUGCCCAUUGGCUUCCAGGUUGAAUGACCGUUAAAAUGUAAGUGAGGCCUCUGGCGACCAUGGCGAAGGCUGUCAAUAACCAGGUCUCCACCAGAAUACGCUUGAUGUAUGAGGCAGUGAUGCACACCCAUCUGCUCUAUGGUGCUAUAGGAAACCAUGGCUCCCUAAGUGAGGGGAGAUGCUGGUUCCUUUGAUCCCAGCCCUGUAAGCCAGAAAAUAUUGCCCUGAGACAAGUGCUGUGAACCAUUUCCGAAACGAGUAUAUACUAUACUUAGGAACACAGCAAGAGGGGUGGGAUUUUUAUUUGAUCUUUUGGUAUCCGGGAAACAUUUUAUAUAUAAAGAAUACUUUUUUAUUAUUAUUCGAUUGUAUAGAUUCAGUACAGUGUAUUUGAUGAUAGCAUAUCUCUACUGUGUUUAUACCUUAGUCUUCAGAAAUUCAGUCUUCAUCCAGGAAAGAUCAGCACAAUGUUUCUGGGCGGGAUGCAUCUAAAAUUGAGAAUAGAAUGUUGUGGGAAAUGAUGCCUUUAAAUAAGCUUUAUCUCGUCCUUUUUUAUUUUUUCUUUCCCUUUUAAAGAAAUAGUGAGGGUAAAGAAAGAAAUUCAUUCCUUAAGAUCCAUUUUGUUUUCUUAUAACUACCUGUUUCCUACUGUGACUCCACACACACAUACACAUGUACACAUAUCUAAGCAUACACACACACACACAUCUAUGAUGUGUAUGUAUAUUAAAUUUAGGGGUUUAAUUAUUUUGUUAGCUUUAUUUUUGCUUAAUUUGAAAAAAUUAAAGUGAAUGCCAGUGAAAUCAAAUCAUUUACAGACCAGUCAAACUGACAAUGUUUAGAUAACACAAGGGUUUUUUUUUCAGUUCUUUCCUUUUCUUAGGUAAGCAGAAAUCCUUGGGUUGGAGAAUUUACAAGACCCUGGAAUAAAAUCUUUGCUAGAUUAUCUCUUAGAAGUAAAGGUUAAACUAUGGAUGUAUAUGAUUGCUGUCCCUAUAGCGUACAAUGGUAUCAAAUAUAUUUUCUGCAAAUAUAGAUACAAGUUUUCCCAAAGGUUCCUAUACAGGUAGCUUUGGCUUCAAGUGCACAUGGGCUCUAGUGAGGAAUAGAGGUCAAGGCAGACUGGGGAGGGGAGGAUAUUACAUGUUAAUAUUUGAUACCCCAGUGAAAAUGUACAGGUGAUAGUAGAGGUGACCAGACACCAUCCUGAUAAAAUAGAGAAUAGGCUUCUAGUAUUUUGGAAACUUUUUUUCAUAAACAUUGAUUGCAUGGGUAUUGUUGCCUAUGAAAUAAUUAAUUGUGUAAUAGCAAACAAUUCAUGUUGAGAGUCAUCUUUGUGAAAGCUCGUGACCUUCUUAUACAUAUUAGUAGUUUAAUGACCCCAUCUGUCAAAUAAGGAGGAUGAUCAAGUUCAUCUUCUCUUUCCUUCCAAAUUGAAUAAUAAAUAGCCUGUUAUCUGAUCAUUCUAAUUCAGACUUUACCUGGUCAUUUGUCAUCCAAUCAUUUCAUGACCCCUUGGAAAGUUAGUAGCUAUGUCUUGUAAAACUCAACAAUUAUUGGAACCUGUAUAUCAUAUAUAUAGUACACUAUAUAUUACACUUACAAUAUUCCAUUUCCAUAGAGAAAUAGGAUCACUUUUGUCAUUUUUAAAGUAAAUUUACCUAGGACAGGUAAUAAACAAUAAAGGAUAGCAAAGAAAAUACCUAACUUCAAAGCUUGAGCAUCAAAAUUUGCCCCAGAUUUUGGAUUAAAAUUUGCUGUGGAUUUUUUUUAAGUGUAUCCUUUGUGAAUCUUUAUCAAAGCCAGAGUAGGGAGUUCUUCUGAGAAGGCCUGAUACCUUGAAGAUGUUCUCUCACAGAAGCAAUGACAUACUCUCACUGGAUACAUUGGAUAUUUCUUGAUUGUCUCAAUUAUUUUGCAUAUCAAACUCCUUAACACAAACCCUCCAACUAAUAAUGAAUAAAGUCUCUGGGGACACUUUCACAUUUUAGUUGGAAACAAUCCUGUCCUGGAGUGGAGGGGGGCACAAUUGACAAAAAAUUGCAGAGUUCACUUACUUAAUUUUGGUUUUAAUUGCUGUUUCUGACAAGUCAUAUCAAUUUACUCUUCCAGUACCAUCCGGGUAGCACUAAUUCUUCCAUAUAAUUUUUCUUCAUCAAGAUCCCAAAGUCUGAAGUCUUUAGUCUUCAAUAUACCAAUGCAGAAUGUUAAAAUAGGUAAAUCAAAACAGUAAAUCUCAUUAACUUGUGUUGUGUUUUUAAAGCUCUAUGGAUUCCAUGUAGUUGUUUACAAAGUCAAAAUAGAAAAAAUGCAGAUUUUUAAAAACUUUUUGUUGUAUUUAGAGGUCUGAUGAACCAUUCACAGUCUUGUUCCACUUUACAUUGAUAUUCGAUAUUGUCCUUUCCGAAAGUUGAAGGUCUUAUACACACACACACACACACACAGCAUGUUAAGAUUCAAUGUUGUCCUCCUUUUUCUUAGAAUUUUCUCUUAUAGCUCACCCAAAUGUGUCCAAAGUCUCAUUAUGUGGAUGACCUUGGAUUCAGAUAUGUUUCAUAUGAAAUGCAGACAGCAGAAAAUACAGUGAUUCUCUUCUAAGGUUACAUGUAUAGAAGGUUCUAUACAGCCUUCUUUUGAAUCCUGUCUAUCAAAAAAAAAAAAAGAAGUCUGGAGAUUAGACACAUUCGUUCAAACUGGAAUAAAUGGAAAAUUAUACUACUUACCUUAAAAUCUCCACACAUUUACCAGUGGCCACUAUCUUAAAGAUAAUCCGAGGAAAAUACCUUGAUGCCCUCUUAUUUUUCAAGUAUGCAAUUGUACACAGUGAAAAAUGAAUUCCUUAGUUUUUCAUAAUUCAUACAUGUUAUUAACUCAUUUGUCCAUAUUUUAAAUAAAGAAAGGAAGUCACACA